AUGGCUGCAGCCGUUCUAAGCGGGCCCUCCGCGGGCUCCCCGGCCGGGGUCCCCGGCGGGGCCGGGGGUCUCUCGGCGGCGGGAUCGGGUCAGCGCCUGCGCCUGCUGCUGCUGGAGAGCGUCUCCGGGUUGCUGCAGCCGCGGACCGGCUCUCCCGUGGCCCCCGUGCACCCGCCGCUUCGCUGGGCCCCACAUCUGCCCGGGCUCGUGUGCCUGCUGCGGCUGCACGGCUCCGUGGGCGGGGCCCAGAAUCUUUCAGCUCUUGGGGCAUUGGUGAGUCUCAGUAAUGCACGUCUUGGUUCUGUCAAAACUCGGUUUGAAGGCCUGUGUCUGCUGUCCCUGCUGGUAGGGGAGAGUCCCACGGAGUUGUUCCAGCAGCACUGUGUCUCUUGGCUUCGGAGCAUUCAGCAGGUGUUGCAGUCCCAGGACCCACCACCCACCAUGGAAUUGGCUGUGGCUAUCUUGAGAGACCUGCUCCGAUAUGCGUCUCAGCUUCCUACACUGUUCCGAGACAUCUCCACCAACCACCUCCCUGGGCUUCUUACUUCUCUGCUGGGCCUUAGACCAGAGUGUGAUCAGUCAGCUUUGGAGGGCAUGAAGGCUUGUGUGACCUAUUUUCCUCGGGCUUGUGGUUCGCUAAAAGGCAAGCUGGCCUCAUUUUUCCUGUCUCGGGUGGAUGCCUUGAGCCCUCAGCUCCAGCAGCUGGCCUGCGAGUGUUACUCUAGGUUGCCCUCUUUAGGGGCUGGCUUUUCCCAGGGCCUGAAACACACAGAGAACUGGGAGCAGGAACUCCACAGCCUAUUGGCCUCACUGCACACCUUGCUGGGGGCCCUAUACGAGGGAGCAGAAACAGCUUCUGUGCAGAAUGAAGGCCCUGGAGUGGAGACAUUGCUUUCCCACUCAGAAGAUGGUGAUACUCAUAUCCUGCUCCGGCUUCGGCAGAAGUUUUCAGGACUGGCCCGCUGCCUGGGGCUCAUGCUCAGUUCUGAGUUUGUGGCUCCUGUGUCCAUGCCAGUGCAGGAAAUUCUGGAUCUCAUUUGUCGGAUUCUCAGUGUCAGUGGCAAGAAUAUUAGCUUGCUUGGAGAUGGUCCCCUGAGGUUGCUUCUGUUGCCCUCUAUACAUAUUGAAGCCUUGGACCUGCUCUCUGCACUCAUCCUUGCGUGUGGAGGCCGGCUCCUGCGCUUCGGGACCCUCAUCAGUCGCCUGCUUCCCCAGGUCCUCAAUGCCUGGAGCACUGGGAGGGACACCCUCUCUCCAGGCCAGGAGAGGCCAUACAGCACCAUUCGGACCAAGGUGUAUUCUAUCUUAGAGCUGUGGGUGCAAGUUUGUGGAGCCUCAGCAGGUGUGCUUCAGGGAGGAGCCUCUGGAGAGGCUCUGCUCACCCACUUGCUCAGUGACAUCUCCCCACCAGCUGAUGCCCUUAAGCUACACAGCCCCCAUGGGAGCUCCGAUGGAGGUUUACAAAGCGGAAAGCCCAGUGCCCCCAAGAAGCUAAAGCUCGAUAUGGGGGAAGCUAUGGCCCCUCCUAGCCACCGGAAAGGAGACAUCAAUGCCAAUUGUGAUGUGUGUGCAGCUGCGCUGAGAGGCCUCAGUCGGACCGUUCUCAUGUGUGGGCCUCUCAUCAAGGAGGAGACUCACAGGCGACUUCAUGAUCUGGUCCUGCCCCUGGUCAUGAGUAUCCAGCAGCAGGGUGAGGUCCUGGGCAGCUCUCCUUAUAACAGCUCCUGUUGUCGUCGUGAGCUCUACCGCCUGCUGCUGGCUCUACUGCUGGCUCCUUCCCCUCGCUGCCCACCUCCUCUUGCCUGUGCCCUGCAAGCUUUCUCUCUUGGCCAGCGAGAAGAUAGCCUGGAGGUCUCCUCUUUCUGCUCAGAAGCACUAGUGACCUGUUCUGCUUUGACACACCCCCGAGUUCUUCCCCUGCAGACUAUGGGCACUGCUUGCCCGACCCCUGCCCCAGUUCCUCCUCCUGAGGCCCCAUCUUCAUUCAGGGCUCCACCCUUCCAUCCCCCAGGCCCUAUGCCCUCCAUAGGUCCCAUUGCUUCUUCAGGUCCUGUGCCCUCAGCAGGCCCCAUGCCCUCAGCCAGCCCCAUGCCUUCCACGGGUCCUGUGCCCUCACGUCCUGGACCUCCAGCCUCAGCUAACCACUUAGGCCUCUCUGUCCCAGGUCUGGUGUCGGUCCCAACCCGGCUCCUUCCUGGCCCCGAGAACCACCGUGCAAGUUCCAAUGAGGACCCCGUCCUUGCUCCUAGUGGUACUCCUCCACCCACUGUACCCUCAGAUGAAACUUUUGGGGGAAGAGUACCAAGGCCAGCCUUUGUUCAUUAUGACAAGGAGGAGGUAUCUGAUGUGGAGAUCUCCUUGGAAAGUGACUCUGAUGACAGUGUUGUUAUCGUGCCUGAGGGGCUUCCACCUCUACCACCCCCGCCACCCUCAGGCUCAGGGACACCUCCUCCUCCUCCUGUGGCUUCCACUGCGCCACCAACUGCCUCCCCUCCUGUGCCAGCUAAGGAGGACUCUGAAGAACUGCCUGCAACCCCAGGGCCUCUACCUCCUCCUCCGCCCCCUCCUCAUCCUGGUCCUGGUGCUGUCACGCUUCCACCACCCCAGCUAGUCCCUGAAGGAGCUCCCGCAGGGGGAGGACCCCCCGCCCUGGAAGAAGAUUUAACAGUUAUUAAUAUCAAUAGUAGUGAUGAAGAGGAGGAGGAAGAAGAGGAAGAGGAGGAGGAAGAGGAAGAGGAGGAGGAGGAAGACUUUGAGGAAGAAGAGGAAGAUGAAGAAGAGUAUUUUGAAGAGGAAGAAGAGGAGGAAGAGUUUGAGGAAGAAUUUGAGGAUGAAGAGGGUGAGUUAGAGGAAGAAGAAGAGGAAGAGGAGGAGGAAGAGGAAGAAGAGUUGGAAGAGGUAGAAGAUGUAGAGUUUGGUUCAGCAGAAGGGGAGAUAGAAGAAGGUGGACCUCCGCCCCCAACCCUGCCUCCAGCUCUGCCUCCACCAGACUCUCCUAAAGUACAGCCCGAGCCAGAACCUGAACCUGGGCUGUUACUGGAAGUGGAGGAGCCAGGGGCAGAGAAGGGAUCUGGGGCUGAGAUGGCCCCGAACUUGGCUCCUGAGGUAGUCCCCUCACAGGAGGAGGUAGAGAAAGAAGGGGGAAGCCCCACAGCAGGGUCACCUCCUCAGGAGCUUGUUGAAGAGUCCUCUGUUCCCCCAACCCUGGUGGAAGAGGGGACUGAAGGUGGGGGUGACGAGGUACCACCCCCACCAGAAACGCCUGCAGAUGAAGAGAUGGAAACAGAAGCCGAAACUGCAGCUCUCCCAACGAAGGAGCAGGAUGACACAGCUGCCAUGCUGGCUGACUUCAUCGAUUGUCCCCCUGAUGAUGAGAAGCCACCGCCUACCACAGAGCCUGACUCCUAGCCCUCCUCUGCACCCCAACACUUUGUGUCCAAUAAAGUUAUGUCUGUAGAUAUUUA